AUGUCACAAACAUCCAAGCUCACUCUGUUGGGCACUUCGCUAUUAGCAGUCGGCACAGUUUUUGCUGUACACUUCCAGCAAAAGUCCGAGAAAGAGGCCAUGCACGAAGGUGUCGUCCGCGAUAUGGAACAACAGCGAAUCAAGCGCGAGAGACAAUUGGACUUUGAUAUGCAGAAGCAGUUGGAGGCAGAGUUCAAGCGCGAGCAGACGGUACACGACUCGAUAGCAGCGGCUGAGAAGGGACUUCCGAAUCGAUAA